AGUUCAGCGAGUCUCGGUCGGAUAUUGUUACUGGACCGAUCGAGGCCGUUCCGUCAGUGUUUGCAGCCGCCCAGGGAUUGCGGCUGUUUGAGCUGAUCUUCAGCUUCCACAAUAACAGGCCGCAACAGCAGAGGAUGAACGGAGCUCUGGGAAAGGUGCUGUGUCUGAGGAAUGAUAUCAUUUUUAAGCAAGCCUUUCCCCUCUUAAGAUUCAAAACUUCAGGAGAGAAUCCCAUCUGUUCUGUAGGUGGCAUUCUACUGAGUACCAGUCGGCACUACAAGACAAAGCCCACCCAUGGCAUUGGAAGAUACAAGCACCUAAUUAAAGCACAGGAGCUCAAGAAGAAGAAGGGAAAAGUGGAAGUCAGACCCAUUAAUUUGGGGACAGAUUAUGAAUAUGGGGUUUUAAAUGUUCACCUGACUGCAUACGACAUGGCCCUGGCAGAGAGUUAUGCCCAAUAUAUUCACAACCUCUGCAACCAUCUCUCUAUUAAAGUCGAGGAAAGUUAUGCGAUGCCCACCAAAACCAUGGAGGUGUUGCGGCUGCAGGACCAAGGCAGCAAAAUGGUCCUGGAUUCAGUUCUUACCACCCAUGAGCGAGUGGUUCAGAUCAGCGGUUUGAGUGCUACAUUUGCAGAGAUUUUCUUGGAAAUAAUCCAAAGCAAUCUUCCUGAAGGAGUCAAACUGUCAGUGAAGGAGCACACUGAAGAAGACUUCAAGGGAAGGUUCAAAGCUCGGCCAGAGCUGGAAGAACUGUUGGCCAAGUUGAACUAGUUCAUUGUAGACUCUUUCAUGCCAGCAUUGGUGAUAUUGAGUGCUAAGGGCAAGAGCUUCCUGGGUAGUCAAAGUUAAGCAGGAGACUCUGACCCUUAGAUAU